CCGGGUUUGUUAGGGGCAUUUGGAUCGGAUCGGGGGAAGUUACCAUAGCAACGGGAGCGGGGGUAAAGGGGAGUUAUCUCUGUACCGGGUGUCAUUAGUUGGGGUAACUAUCAUCUAACAGGGCGGGAGGGGUUUAAUUGCCCUGUGUAACUUACUAGCUCACUCUAGCACAGGCGAGAAGGGAUAAUUAACCCUGGCCAGAGCACAGGGAUAAUUAUUGAAAUAGUAUAGCAACAGGGUAAUUACUAUGGCAACAGGGCAAAAGUAAUUUAGCAAACUGUAGGACUGUGGGAUUCAAAGUGGCAGGGAUAAUUAUCAGAGCAAAGGGGUAAUUUUCCCAGUAACAGGAGUUAUUAGAGGAGUGAGGGUUAGUUAUUACUACUAACAAGGGUAGUAACCACAGGAAGUUGGGGUAAUUGUUCGUAUAACAAGGAUUAUUUGCCAUAUUGGGAGUAAUUCCCCUACAAGAGGGUUAACUAGCGCAGUGUGGGGGUUAAUAAGGCAUAUUAGGACCAAGGUUGGUAACUGAAGUGAUUACCUUAGUCGUAGUGGUUAAUUACAGUAAAAACAGCAGCAAUUAUCCCGAUAGCAGUGGUAAUUGAUAUAUUAGUGAGAUCUGGGGGUAGUUACUCUAAGAACAAGGGUGAUAGAGGGCAUUUGAACAGGGUUGUGGGGUAGUUACCCAGAGGGAAGGGGUAUGAACCUGUGUUGAUGAUAGAGGAGGUGAGGGGGUGACCCUCCUAAGUUCUUCACUCACGGGUGACUCGAGGGGCAGAGAGGAGCCUCGGGGUGCGCCAGGCUGUCAGUCUCAGUGAGAGGCGCAGGCUCGGCACCAUGGCAGGGGAACUGGAUGUGUUUGUCGGCAACACCACUCUGAUUGACAAGGACGUCUAUCAGCUCUGGCUCGAUGGAUACUCAGUCAGCGAUGCGGUGGCAAUUCGGAUCGAGAGUGGGAUCCUGCAGCAGACCGGUGCAUCCUCGGACGUGCUGGAAAGUGAUACCAUGGAUCACUACCGCACCUUCCAGAUGUUGGAGCGGUUUUUGCACAGCCCCCCGAAACUGAUCAAUCAGCUGCUCUUCCAGAUACCCCCGCAGAUGCAGUCCAUGCUGAUUGAGAAGUACUAUAGAUUUGAUGAGCCUUUUGUGCGGGAGGUCCUAGGGAAGAAGCUGUCGAAAGGGACCAAGAAGGACCUGGAUGAUGUCAGCGCCAAAACAGGCAUCACCUUGAAGAGCUGUCGGAGACAGUUUGAUAACUUCAAGCGGGUUUUCAAAGUGGUGGAGGAGAUGAAAGGGUCACUCGUGGAGAACAUCCAGCAGAACUUCCUACUGUCGGACCAGCUGGCUGGUGACUACGCCGCCGUGGUGUUCUUCGCCAACAACCGUUUCGAGACCGGGAAGAAGAAGCUUCAGUACCUGACCUUCGAGGACUUUGCCUGCUGUGCUGAGCAGCUGAUACAGAACUGGACCCUGGGGGCCGUAGACUCCAAUGUUGAUGACAUGGAUGUGGACCUGGAUAGGGAAUUCCUGCAGGACCUCAAGGAUCUGAAAGUGCUCAUCACUGACAAGGACCUGUUAGACCAACACAAAAGCUUGGUCUGCACUGCUCUGAGGGGAAAAGUCAGCGUCUUCAAUGAAAUGGAAGCAAACUUUAAGAAUCUCUCCCGGGCUCUCAUCAACAUCGCUGCCAAGCUCAUUCACACCAAGGAUGUGCGCGAUCUCUUCAUCGACCUCGUGGAGAAGUUCAUCGAGCCUUGCAAGUCGGACCGCUGGAACGGCAGCGAUGUCGGCAUCUUCCUGACGCAGUACACCAACACGGCCCGCGCCCUCGAUGCCUUCAAGCACCAGGCUUUGUGGGAGCGUUACAUGGGCACCAUCAAAAAUUGCAUCCUGAAGAUGUACCACGACUGAGGACUUUGGGUCUGGUCCCACACGGAGCCAGAACGAAACCUACUAGCCUCUGCUCAACCCAGCGGGGAUCUGCAAACCCGUGAGAGAUUCUCUGCGUGUGACUUCUUAAAAAUUGCAAAUAUUGGGAAUGUUAGAAGGAGUUAAAGGGCAGAUUCGGCCCUGCUGUUUGCUGUUUAAAAUUGGAACGGUCAAAGAACCUCUCCUCUGGUGGUUGUCUGGGGGGCUGUGUUAUCUGGGGGACAGGAUUGUCCCAGGGACUGUGUCAUUAUCACCCACUGCAGAGGAGGAAGAGGCAGCCCGAAGGUUCAAUGAAUAUGUGAAAUGGCCUGACUGCCGUGGACCUGGGGGAAAGAUGGAUAAACCUGUAUCCAUUUCACAUGUCUGUGGUACUUUAUUGGCUCUACACAUGAAGGGGGAGGGGUGGUGGAGGAGUGUGUCUGUGUUUGUUUCUCCCUCCCUCCCCCUCCCCCUCCCCUCUCUCCCCAUCUUCCUCUCCCCAUCUUCCUCUCCCCAUCUUCCUCUCCCCUCUUCCUCUCCCCCUCUUCCUCUCCCCCCCUUCCUCUCCCCCCUCUUCCUCUCCCCCCUCUUCCUCUCCCCCCUCUUCCUCUCCCCCCUCUUCCUCUCCCCCCUCUUCCUCUCCCCCCUCUUCCUCUCCCCCCUCUCCCCCCCAAUCUCUUCACUCUACCAGCAGGAGAUCUUUCUGACAUCUCCCUCCCUCUUUCUUUCCCACUCUCCCUCUCUUCUCUGUCUACCUCUUGCCCAACCCCUCCUCUCUCCUCCUCCUCUUCCCCGUCAUCUGUUCAAAUCUCUGCUCCCUUCUUUCCCUCCACCACCUCCCUCCCUUUCCACCGGACUCCUAUUCCCACCUUCUCCCUUCCUGCCCCUCGAACCCCCUCUAUCCUACCAAAAUCCUCCUUUCCCCUAACCUCCAUAUCCCCCCUCACCUUGACCCGUCCCCAUCACCCUUGCCCUGUCUCCGCAUUUUCACAUCACUCUACCCCUCUAUGUUGUCCCUCUCCCUUCCCACUCCAUUCUUCCCGUCUCUCUGCCUCAUCCCCUUUCCCUCCCCUUCCUUCCUUCCCUUCACCCCUCUUCGCUCCCUCAAAUCCUCUUCCUUUCCCAUAACUCCACCUCUCCCACCUCAACUUUCCGUUUCGUCCACCCCAACCUCUCCUCAGAUCCCCUCUGCCUGUCCCUCUCCGUUCUCACUCCACUCCCCCGUCUCAUUCUCCACCCCCCCACCCCAUCUCCCUCCACGCCCCUGACCCUCCCGCCACGAGGUCUACAUCUCUCUCUACCGCCCCCCACCCCCCGGAGUGGACUGUGUUCCAGAUUUAUCGCCCUUCAUCCGUAACGCAAAGUCGGGUCAGUUGCGCGUGCAUCCAGAUACGCCCGUUGAAAAAGAAUAAAUUUUGUGUUGUCUUAAAUUUCCCAAGAGAGAAUUUUUAUUUUGCGCACCAGAUUUUCUGGCAGUGAUUUGUGGAUUCUGUAAGGGGGGGAUUUCCAUAACCCAAACUGUCGUAACGCGAGCACAUUGAAACAUUUGCAUCGUUGUUAAGGUAUUUCCAUUGGAAUAGGUUUUUCUUAAGAUCCCAGCACUGUUUAAUUACAGGAAUUAAACUGCUCCAACUGCGGCCUCUGCUUCCGUGGUUUACUGACCAGUGGCCCAACCCUGCCAUCACCGGCAU